UCUACAUUUUUUUAAAUCUUGAUUAAGUGUCGGUAGUUGUUACGCAGUUGGUAAAAACAGACUUGAGUUAGAUUCCUUGCAACUACGUUGGAAGGCAACUAUGCUCAGCAUAUGGCUUCUGUAAAUACUAGACAAGGAUCAAUACGACAAUCCGGCUUUCUACUUCCGCUGUUCGCCACCGCCGCCGGUCGUCCAGUCCGCUAUCCGCAAGUCGUUGCAUCGCCUCACGCAGCCCGGCAACAGAACCCUAGCUCGUUGGUCGGUUGGUCUGGAUCCGCCUCUGCGGCUCUCCUUGGGAGAAUCCGCCACCGCGUUGCCGCCUCUGGCCACCACGGCACCACCGCUUCUCCAAGUUUCCAAUUACAGAAGUUAAAGCCGCGGGACCUGGGAGAAUAGGGCAAUGGCAGAUUACCACUUUGUAUACAAGGAUCUGGAAGGGUCCUCGACGCAAUGGGACGAUAUUCAGAGGAAACUCGGGAAUCUGCCACCAAAACCGCCACCAUUCAAACCGCCCGCAUUCAUGCCUGCCGAGGAUGAGGAAUCUAAGCCCAAAGAUAAGGAUUGGAUUGACAAGAAAACUGAGGAAGAGCUUGAAGACCUCGAAGAUGAUCUCGACGAAGAUCGCUUUCUCGAAGAAUAUAGGAAGAAAAGGCUAACUGAGAUGAGAGAAGCAUCUAAGGUAGCAAAGUUUGGAUCAGUGAUUCCAAUUUCAGGAUCUGAUUUUGUUCGUGAAGUCUCACAAGCUCCUCAAGAAAUCUGGGUCGUCGUGAUGCUCUAUAAAGAUGGAUACCCAGAGUGUAGGAUGCUUUUGCAAUGUCUAGAAGACUUGGCCAAAAGAUACCCUGCAACAAAGUUUGUGAAAAUCAUAUCGACAGAGUGCAUCCCAAACUAUCCUGAUCGUAAUCUGCCAACUAUUCUGGUGUACAAGAAUAGUGCAGUUAAGGCAACUUAUGUGGGGAUGCAAAGCUUUGGUCGUAGGUGCACUCCUGAAGGUGUGGCCUUAGUUCUGUGUCAGUCAGAUCCUGUGCUCAACGAUGGCCAUAACGGGGAACAAUCAGGAGAGGUGGUUUUGGAUGGGAUCAGGAAGAAGUUUCUUGAGAGGGUCGUGAAAGAGAGUGAAGAAGACAAUGAUGGAUCUUCAAGUGAUUGAUCGAUCGAUCCAUGGAGGUGACAUUUCGUCCCGGCCACAUUCCUAAACUUCAUUUCAUGCUUAAGCUAUGGCUAAAAACCCCAACAAUUUGGUCUCCAAACAAUAAUUUUGCUGCCAAAAAGGUUGCAUCUUUAAUCAAAUUUUGGUGUCACAAUAAAAACAUCCGGGACAAUUUGAGCCUGUGCUUUGUGUCUAGUUGCUUAAGCCGGUUUCUGUGCUUUAAUUUUUAUUUGUGUUUGUUCUUACUAUGGUUUCUUUGUCCAUUCUGCAUUUGAUCGAGUUGUGGGUCUCUUGUAAACAGCAUUCUUAAUUUCGUACUAGACAAGGUCUGCCUCCGCACUCUGCUUCCUGACCAUACUUUUGGAGCAGAAUGGUGA